AUGGACAAAUGGUUCCAAGAUAGAAAACUCUGGCUCUUCGGUAGCACACUACCGCUGCUGCCAAGGUCACGCGCACCAAGCAAGGCGAUGGAAAGAUACGAACGGCUGGCGCGACUUGGGGAGGGUAGCUAUGGUGUCGUCUUCCAGUGCAGAGAUCGUCAAACUGGAAAAUUGGUAGCUGUGAAAAAGUUCCAACAGACCGAAGAUGAUCCCCUAAUACGAAAAAUCGCGUUGCGUGAAAUACGGCUACUGAAGAAUCUUAAACACCCGAACCUGGUCAACCUAUUGGAAGUUUUCAGGAGAAAACGGAAGCUGCAUUUAGUCUUCGAGUACUGCGAGUACACAUUACUGAAUGAGAUGGAAAGAUAUCCCAGUGGUUGUCCAGAAAUCACCACGAAGCAACUCACAUGGCAGAUUCUACAGGGCGUUGCGUAUUGCCAUCGGCUCGGUUGUGUCCAUAGGGAUGUGAAACCAGAAAACAUCUUAAUCACAGCAGACGGUGUGGUGAAAUUAUGUGACUUCGGUUUCGCGCGAAUGCUCAGUCCCGGUGAAAAUUAUACAGAAUAUGUCGCAACUAGAUGGUACAGAGCACCUGAACUGCUGGUUGGGGAUACUCAAUAUGGUACACCAGUAGAUGUAUGGGCAAUUGGCUGUGUCUUCGCAGAAUUAAUACGUGGAGAAGCAUUGUGGCCAGGUAAAUCAGAUGUAGAUCAACUGUACCUAAUUCGAAGAACUCUUGGCAACUUACUACCAAGGCAUGUGGCCACUUUCCAGCAGAAUGAAUUUUUUGCUGGUAUCACCCUGCCAACACCUCAAACACUUACUCCUCUAGAUGAUGCUCUACCUAAUAGAGGAAAUACUGCUAUGCAGCUUGACUUUCUAAAAAAAUGUUUGGACAAAGAUCCAGAUCAAAGGUGGACUUGUGAACAACUCCUACAGCACUCUUAUUUUGAGAACUUCCAUUUCAAAAUGCCUGAGGCUGAAAUGGAAGAAUUUGAAAAACUCAAAAAAUACAGAGAUCGUUCAAGAAAUAGUAACUACAGUCAAAUAUUACCCCAACUUCCUAAAGCUGGUGCUUCGUUACAUAGUCAAAAUGAAACUCGGCCGAGAAGCUCCUCCAUGCAUCAUCAGCAGGAUUUUGACCACCUGCCUACUAUCAAAGGUUGUAAUUAA